CUUCAUCUUCAAGGCCCACCCGCCGACCGUGCUUCUCUCCUUAUCCCACUCCUUUCGUUGCGUUUCAUCUCAACAUGUUGCUCGGCGGUUUCUUCUUUCCUUGGGCGGAGGUCGUCGAGUGGGCUCUCCCCCGGCCGGAGAUCGAGAUGAGGCUCCUGGCAAAAACAUUCAAGUUCAAUCCCGAGAAGAAGCUCGACCGGUUAGACGCCGCCGCGUGCUGCGUCUUUCUCAUGGACUACCUCAAAAAGCGGCACCGCAAGACAGCCGCCCAGCUCGUUGCGUUCCGCGAUGAUGACUUCGGCGUCAUGAUUGUCACCCAGCGAGCACGCUUUUCGGCAGACGACUGGGAGGAUGUCGGGAGGGACAGCGCGAACCUCGAGCAAUUCGUACCCCAACAACAUGAGGAGGUCCUGAGGCAGAUGAUUGAGGAGGAGUACGGCGUUAACGCAUUCUUCUCCUUCCCUUGCGCGCCUCCGGUGCAUGCUCGACUCACGAAAGCGGGUUCCUACUCAUUCCAACGUGCCCAAGCACAACUCCACGCGACAAUCAUCCUCACAGGCGUGGGCAAACCACGCGCACAAGAGGCAAAAGACGCAGCGCUUGCGUCACUGAGCAAACGGAAGACAUAGGUUCAGGUUUCAUUGACUGCGUUAUCCAACAGGACUCUCACCUCAUCCACUUAUUCCUUCACUGUACCAGUAUCUCCGCUUCAUUGUCCAUACGUCGAUAUGUUAGCACCCCUGUAUACUCAUUUCUAAUGUUUGUACCCAUCAGCUACAAUACUUGCUUAUAACUCGGACUCUACACAUCACAUAUGUGGGUUUCAUAGUAGUUUUAUUUGACCUUGUGAUACAAUGAAGAGACUUGCCAUCGAC